CAUCCACAAAAUCAUGAUGCAUACCCAGUCAUUGUUGCAGUGUGAGAGGUGUCAAGUCCUAUUAGUGGAUGAGACAUCAAAGAGCAAUUCAAAAUCAUACUCGAAAAGACGUCGAAGCAAAGAGGCAUACUCCUAUUUUCCGCAGCCUUUAUCUCCGGGUGUUUUCUCCCAAGUUUAUGAUCUCCAAGCAAGUGAUUUUGACAAUGAUGCAUCAUGUAAUCGAGGAGCAUUCCACAUUUAUCAGAAUACAGAUUCUUCAGAGCCGAGGUUUCCUAUAAACAUUGGAGUUACAGGCUAUGUAGCUACAACAGGGGAGAUUCUCAAUAUACCAGAUGCUUAUAAAGAUGACAGAUUUGAUCCUUCUGUUGACAAAGAAACAGAUUUCAAGACUAAAUGUAUCAUGUGUCUACCAAUAAAGAAUGCACAGGGUCAAAUAAUCGGUGUCAGUCAACUCAUCAACAAAAUAGAUGGCUCCACUUUCAACAAUAAUGACCAGAAUCUCUUUGAGGCCUUUGCCAUAUUCUGUGGUCUUGGCAUCAACAACACUCAGAUGUAUGAAAAAGCUGUGCGUGCCAUGGCAAAGAAACGAAUAGCAAUUGAUGUGAUGUCUUACCAUGCUAUAGCUCCAAUUGAAGAAGCCAAUAAACUGAAGAAAAUGCCAAUCCCCUCAGCUCAUUACUACAGACUGAACGAGUACACAUUCAGCGAUUUCAACCUCGAUGAUGACCACACUCUUAAAGCCACUAUACGCAUGUUCCUAGACCUAGAUCUCAUUGAAAAAUUCCACAUAAGUUAUGAUAUGAUGUGCAGGUGGUUGCUAAGCGUCAAGAAAAACUAUCGGCCAGUAUUGUACCAUAAUUGGCGGCAUGCCUUCAACGUAGCACAGACAAUGUAUUGUAUCAUAAAGCAAGACAACAUGAGGUCCUCGCUCACGGACCUUGAGAUCCUUGCCCUCUUGGUGGCCUGCCUUUGCCAUGACCUUGACCAUAGAGGUACCAACAACCAGUUCCAGAUCAAAACCAUGUCCCCCCUAGCUCAGUUAUACUCUACCUCUGUGAUGGAACACCACCAUUUUGACCAGUGUAUCAUGAUACUCAGUACUAAGGGUACAGAAAUAUUAAGUAACUUGUCACAGGACCAAUAUGAACAUGCCAUUAAGAUACUAGAAGGUGCAAUCCUAGCAACAGAUCUAGCGCUUUAUUUCAGGUAUAGAGGGGAAUUCUUCAACAUGGUGAACUCUGGCCAGGCAGAUUGGGCGAAUGAUGAACACAGGGAACUUCUCAGAAGUAUGAUGAUGACAGCCUGUGAUGUCUCUGCUAUCUCUAAACCAUGGGAGGUGCAGAAAAAUGUUGCCAAAUUGGUGGCUGAUGAAUUCUUUGAACAGGGUGAUAGGGAAAAGGAAGAAUUAAAAAUAAAACCAGUUGAUAUGAUGGACAGGGAUAAGAAAGACAGAUUGCCAGAGAUGCAAGUUGGAUUCAUAGAUUCAAUCUGUCUACCUGUGUACCAGGCACUAGUCAAAGUUUGCCAUACUACUGAACCUCUAUUAAAAGGAUGCAAAGAUAACAGGGAAAACUGGACAAAUGAAAUGCGGAGAUAUAAUAAACUCAAAGAGGAGCACAACCAGGAGAAUAACAACAAGAGGGAAGGAGAUCAGGAGUUAUAGCGUUAAGAGGGAGUCAUUAAGAGGGAGAUUUGAAGGAGCAGCAGGAUUAUCUUUAAUCAUCAGUCAGAUUAUGGAUCAUGCUGAUUCAGGUUGUGCAAAGACAUGAUCCGUUAACCCUGAUGAUCAAUCCUAUGUACAAUUCCAUGGAUUGAAAAUUCAUUGCAAAUGUGGCAUUAUGAAUUAUUCGAUUGACAUUCUCAAUGUCAACUUAUGUCAACUUGAUAUGUGUGGAGUUGAGUCGAAAAGUAGACCUAAUCCAUAUAUUGUGAAAUAAUGCAUGAAUAUUUUGUUCAAAUGCGAAGAAGCAUUUUAUAGCUGAUAUUAAAGGUUGUCUGAGUUUAAUUUUUAAAAUGUUAUACACUUGUAUUUAUUUGUGUGUUUACUGAUGUUUUUCAUGUGCCGACAUUUUUGUGCAAGUUCACAAAAUGAAAUGUAUUCACGCACCUUGAGAUGAUUAUGUUACGGCAGAGGAUGUUUCACAAACUGUUAGCUUGACUGUUCAAAACUCUUCUCAUUGUGAUCCUACUAUGUAAGAGUGAUCCAUAUAUGAACUAUCCAUACAAAACCAUUAAUAUAGUGCUUCUAGACCUUCUGUUGAUAGCGCAGAAUAAUAAAUAUAUUUUGCAAAUGUGGUCAGA